CUCAGGCCCCGCCCCCUCCCCUUUGCCUCAGGUGUACCUCAUUAUAAGGCUGAGAAAGCCGAAUGACGGCGUGUCUGUCUGAAGCGAAGAACAGAAAUGUCUACCAGCGGAGUGGAACCCGCAGCCCAGAGUCCGCCACUGUCUUCAAGCUUCUCUUUCAGCCCCUGGUCUUGUGUUUGUGCCAAGGGUUGGUCUGCAGCCAUGUGGAACGGCGUCCCCGACCUGCUGCCCUCUUCGUCGGGAUGCUCCGCCCCCGAACCGUGGCUCCUGCCCGGCUGCAGCUAUGUCUAUGACAGCCUGGUCAGUAAUAUGUCUCCGAUCCCGUCUCCUCCGGCUACCAGUGGACUUCGAGGACGAGAGCGAAUCGGGGGCAAACAGCGCAGGUCGUCCAUCUUGGAGCGCUGCAUCCUCAAAGUGUCCACCAGCAGUGUGGCUGUAGGGACAGAUGACGUGGACAGUAAAAGGGCUCCGUUCUCCCGCUGCUACACCCGCCUGCCAGACCCGGCCAACACUGAGACCAACGCGGCGGUCCUGAAGCGGCGGCAGAAACAGAUCCAGUAUGGCAAGAACACCAGUGGCUACCAGAACUACCUGCAGCAAGUCCCCAAGCACUUGAGGGAUCCAAAACUCCACCCGUCCACCCCCAACAAGUACCGGAAGUACAGCCGGCGGUCCUGGGACAUGCAGGUGCGGCUGUGGCGGCGAGCGCUGCACCUGUGGGAUCCUCCGACCAGCGGCGAGCCAAACACGCCGGACCCAGUGGAGCAACUGCAGAGCCAGCUGGCCAAGAUGACGUCGGACCUGUGCGAGGACGGAGGAGACGAGCAGAGAGAGGAGACUCCUGCAGCCUCUGAAGCCUCCUCUGUGUCUCCUCUGUCUGUGGACGUUCCUGGAGGCUGUACCGUCCCACUGUCCCCGCAGCGGGAGACGAGACGUCAGCCUCUUCGCUCUCCUCCUGGCCUCAACUACUCCUACAGGAGUCGGCUGACCCCUAACGAUGGCAUGAACGACUGGCUCCGCCUCCUGAUGGAGACCGACCAGACUCCAGAUUUUGGCUCUGAUGACCAGCAGGUCCCUGUGUUUUCUGACCAGCUCUUCUGGAACCCAUACUGAUGAUCCAAUUCGAAGCGAGCCCUGUUCGACCCGUCGUUGACUAAACUGAGCAUGACGUCGUUAUUUGUUGAUCUUGAACAUUUUUCAAUGGGUGGUUUUGGAGCCUCCAACUCGCUCGUCUUUCUAAGAUCACCACUGACUUCACCUACAGCAGGGAUGUGAUCAGUCCCUGAUCCGAACUCCAUCCGCCCCCUCUGGUCCUGGGAGAGGGGGGGGGGGGGCACUUUAUGGUUUGCACUUGUUUUUGUUGAACUACGUCAGACUGAGCACCUGUCACCUGCAUCGCACCAGAGUCCUGCACUGAGGAAAGAGUCACGAGUUUGUCCUGGAUUCCUGUUUGUCACUCGGUUGUUCUUUGGUCCUUCACCUUCAUCAUCUGCUCCUCCUCCUCAUGUUUCUUUUUAAAAACGAAGCCUCUGAUCAAUGAGGGGAAACGCUGCCACUUUGUGUUCUGAGAUUUCUUUUACUUCUCUGUGCUGCUUUAUAAGUAAAGUGAAAUGUGAUUAAUAAAGAUGUAAAUAAAGAGUUAGAAACCCAA